UUCAGUUAGCUUUGUAGAACUUUGCCAAAAUGUACUAACUAGGAAUUUUUCAAAUUUCAACUCCUUAGAACUUUCAAAUUGCUUCUUCACCAAUUAUGUUUUCAUGCAAAAGUCCAAGUUUUAUCUUUUUGGCUAAUUGUUUUAGCUCUUUCACAAAGUGGGUUGUAUCUAUAAUCUUCUUUUGGUAGCAACAUUGAGAAGUGCUAAUUUAGUGCUAAAGAUGUUUGAUCACUAUAGAUAUAGUAGAACAAAGUUUCAUCUUUUCUCUUUUCUCUGUUUUGCUUUGAUCAUUUCCAUUAUUAUCUUCUCUGAUUCUUUCAUAGCUAAUAUUUCAUCCAAAUCAAUUGUUUUACAAAUCAAAAUCAAUUCCCUGCAGCCAUUGAAACCAUCUUUAGCUAAUCGACCGUUGUUUUCGAAGAAGGAAGAGACUAAUGAUGAAGUUUAUUUGAAGGAAGAAGUAGAAGAUCAUGCACAUUUGGUGCCUCCUUAUAAUCUCACUCACCAAGAAAGAAUUUCUUGGUUCAUGAAAAAGUUGCCAAAUUUUGGGAUAUUGAAGUCAACAAAAAUCUCAAGACAAUUCCAUAAUAGAGUGAGUGAAUUCUUUACAAGAGAUUGUAGUGUCCAAUUCUUCAUGACAUGGAUUUCCCCUACAAAAUAUUUUGGUAAAAGAGAAUUCUUCACCUUGGAGAGUCUAUUCAAAGCACAUCCAAAAGGGUGUUUGAUAAUUUUGUCAAAGACUUUGGACCCACCAAGUGGAACUAUGAUUUUGAGACCUUUAGUUGAGUUGGGCUAUAGAAUUCUUGUUGUUACUCCUGAUUUGUAUUUUUUAUUUGAAAAUACUCCAGCUGAAUCUUGGUUUGUUGAUCUCAAGAAUGGUAAAAAAGACCCUGGUAAACUCCCUUUGGCACAAAAUUUGUCUAAUUUAAUUAGACUAGUCGUUCUGUACAAGUACGGAGGUGUUUAUCUCGACACAGAUUUCAUAAUCUUGAAGGAUUUUUCAAGAUUAAGGAAUUCGAUUGGUGCACAAAGCAUGGAUGCAAAUGGGAAUUGGACAAGGUUGAAUAAUGCACUACUUAUUUUUGAUAAAAGUCAUCCUCUUGUUUACAAAUUCAUGGAGGAAUUUGCCUUAAAUUUUGAUGGAAAUAGGUGGGGACAAAAUGGACCAUACUUGGUUUCAAGAGUUGUAGAGAAGGAGGUAAUAUCCAUGAAGAUAAAAGAUUACAACUUUACUAUCUUGCCACCAAGGGCUUUUUAUCCAGUGUAUUGGAUUAGAAUUGGAGGACUUUUUCUGAAGUUUAAUGCUAAAAAUGAUUCAAAAUGGUUAGAGGCUAAGGUGCUUCAACUAAGUCAGAAAACCCAUGGAGUUCACUUGUGGAACAGCCAAGGUAGCAGUAUGAAAAUUGAACAAGGAAGCAUCAUACAUAGAUUGGUUUCUACUCAUUGUUUGAUAUGUAAAGACAUUUAAGUUGUUAAUCAUUUGUGAAUUUUGAUUUCCCAGAUAAGUUGAAUUGAACCUAAUUUUAACUUUUUUCAUACUCUAACAAGAGUUCUUGAUUUUGGUUGAACAAGCUUUAGAAACAAGGAAUUGUCUCUUGAUUUUUCUUUUCCAUUCAUUUUUUUUCUUUCUUGUCAAAUGUAAAGAUUGGUUUCCUAUCAUUGAUUGAAAUGCAUGUAGAGAUACUUAUAAUUCUUGAAGAAACCCAAUUCGGUAUCCUGUAAAGACUUUGUAAAAAAGAUGAUAGUGUU